AUGGAUUGGCUGCCUCUCACCUGCCGCGCCGCAGUGUUGAUCCUCCUGUUCCUGCCGUUCGGUGCGUCCGAUGACCGGCUUGUCCCCGGCAAACCACUCUCCCCUGGCAACACCAUCGUUUCCGAUGAUGGUGCUUUCGCAUUGGGCUUCUUCUCCCCUACCAACUCCACCAGUACUCCGGCCAAGUUGUACCUUGGCAUAUGGUACAACGACAUUCCAGAGCUCACCGUGGUGUGGGUCGCCAACCGAGAAACCCCGAUCAUCAACAACUCUUUCUCUUCACCAGUGCUCUCACUCACCAACACCUCCAAUCUCGUUCUUUCUAACGGCGAUGGCAGCGGCCGUGUCCUCUGGACGACGACCAACCUAUCCGCUGCCCCGGGCUCAUCCACCCCCGUGGCGGUGCUUUUGAACACUGGCAACCUUGUUAUCCGGUCGUCAAACGGCACCACGCUGUGGCAGAGCUUCGACCACCACACCGACACAUACCUCCCAGGCAUGAAGCUUCGGGGCAAGUACAACACCCACGAUGGCGGUGACCGCCUCGUAUCCUGGAAAGGCCCCGGCGACCCCUCGUCGGGCCGUUUUUCUUUUGGAUUCGAUCCCACCACGUUCCUCCGGGUAUUCGUGUGGGACGGGAAGCACCCGGUGUUGCGCAGUGCCCCAUGGACAGGGGACCUUGUGACAAGCGAGCGCCGAUACCAACAGGCGAACGCCAGCACAGGGGUCAUCAUGUACCAUGCCAUCCUUGACAACGACGAGGAGAUCUACAUCACAUAUAGCCUCUCCGAUGGAACCCCGCACACUAGAUUUGAGGAAAUUGCCAUAGCAACUCACAACUUCAGUGAAACGUGUAAGAUUGGACAUGGAGGCUUUGGCAAAGUUUACAAGGGAAUGUUAGGUGGUCAAGAAGUUGCUAUCAAAAGGCUUAGUAAGGAUUCUCAGCAAGGAACAAAGGAAUUCACCAAUGAAGUAAUUCUAAUUGCCAAAUUGCGACAUAGAAACUUGGUUCAACUCCUUGGGUGUUGCGCGGACAGGGAUGAAAAGUUAUUGAUUUAUGAAUAUAUGCCUAACAAGAGUUUGGAUGCUACCCUUUUUGAUGACUCAAGAAAAUUGCUACUGGAUUGGUCGACACGGUUUAAUAUAAUCAAAGGGGUCGCAAGGGGGCUUCUUUAUCUCCACCAAGAUUCAAGACUCACAAUAAUUCACAGAGACCUGAAAGCUGGAAAUGUUUUGCUAGAUGCAGAGAUGAAACCCAAGAUAGCAGAUUUUGGUAUGGCGAGGAUAUUUGGCGAUAACCAACAAAAUGCAAAUACUCAACGCGUUGUUGGGACCUAUGGCUACAUGGCUCCUGAGUAUGCAAUGGAAGGCCUCUUCUCUACCAAGUCUGAUGUAUACAGCUUCGGUGUGUUACUAUUAGAGGUUGUAACUGGUAUUAGAAGAAAUUCCAAUAGUCAAACCAUGGGUUUCCCUAGCCUCAUAAUCUAUUCAUGGACUAUGUGGAAAGAAGGGCGGGCAGAGGAGUUGCCAGACUCAUCUAUCAUGGAUGCUUGUUCACUAGAUGAAGUUGUGCUUUGCAUCCAUCUAGCACUGUUGUGUGUCGAGGAGAACCCAGAUGACAGGCCAUUUAUGUCAUAUGUUGUGUUCGUCCUGGAGAAUGGAAGCACCACACUUCUGGACCCCAAUCGUCCGGCCUACUUCGCGCGACGAAGAAUUGAAAUGGAGCAAAUCAGAGAAGAUAUCCAGACUUCCGCAAAUAGUUUUACUCUUACUGAAAUAGAGGGGCGUUGA